AUGGACGCCAUACAAGAACAGUUUACCCUUCUCUCCCUUGGUCUUUUCACCAUUGGGGUGAGAAUGGUUGUGAGGACGCGACAAGUUGGGUUUGCAGGAUGGCAGUUGGACGAUUACCUGAUGCCAAUUACUGGUCUCAUCUUCACUGCCGAGACGGUAGCAGCAUACCUCGUCGGAGCGAAAUUCCAAGGCCUUACGAAUAGUUACAUGACGGAUGAGGAACGCGCCAACAUCGACAUGGGCGGAGAAGAACACUACAAUCGUGUCUGGGGAUCCAAGAUUCAAGUCAUAGGCUGGUCCUUUUAUGCUUGUAUUCUUUGGUGUCUCAAGUUUUGCGUCACUGCUUUCUACGCCCGACUCACAUCGGGCUUGUCGCAUCUUAGGAUUCGUGUCAUUGUCGCUUACAUCCUCCUCGGAAUUACUUAUGCUGCUGUCUUUUUUACUAUUCUGUUAUCCUGUCAGCCAUUUCAUCACUUUUGGCAGGUCAAUCCUGAUCCAGGUCUUAUUUGCCAACCUACAAAGUCACCGGCAUAUGUUUUGGUGGUUGUCAUUCCCAACAUCUUGACUGACAUUUACCUGCUCUCUAUCCCACUACCUCUUCUUUGGGGUGUCAACAUUAGUUUGCGACGCAGACUUACACUCAUGCUAUUAUUCAGCGGUGCUCUCUUCAUUAUGAUGGCUGGUACAAUUCGAGCUGUCACCAUUCUUACCGCCGGUCCUGAAGGCGCUGUCUCUGGCAGCUCAUGGGCAUGUCGCGAAACCUUUGUCGCAAUUAUCGUCACAAACCUCCCCAUCAUCCAACCACUCCUGCGAAAAGGAGCCAGCCUCAUCGGUCUCAGCGUCCUCUUUAGCAAAGCUACAAAAUCUGCAUCCCAAAGUCACCAACUCAGAAGCAACGAAGGCGGAAGCCGCUUCAACAACAGUCGCGUCAGAAGGACCAACAAAUCCGACGCCGGACACCCACUAUCUUCAAUGCCUCAAACAACAGCCUGGGCAAGCGACGAACAAAUUCUUCCACCUCCCGGAACAAGCGGAGGUAAUGGCAAGGGGAUCGUCGUGGCGCAAGAGAUCAGCGUUCAGUCGGAAGCUUUUGACGAUUCAAAUUUGCGCGAUGUAACCAACAAGGAUCCAGCGGUUCAUGACUGGGGGUACGAUAGUAGCAGCAACAGCAGUAACCACAAAAGGACACGGACACCAUAA